UCGUCUCCAUCCAAACCGGGGAAAAAAAAAUUGGAAAUACUCUUUAUACUCUGUCCGAACAGACGAAGCAGAGCCUUCACAGUUCACUCCCUAUCUUCUUCCUCUCUUCUAUUCCCCUUCCUUCUAUUUUCUUCUUCUGCAACAAAAUCCAUGCAUUGAAGGCUUUCACCUUCAUUUCUUCAGAGAAUUGAAGAGAAUUCGUAGAAGGAGGCGUUUCUUUUGUUGAUGAUAUCUCUCGACUAGAUCUAGAGAAAAGAAGAAAUUAUUUGAAGGUCUAUAACUGCUGCAAAGCUGGCUACUACACUAGGAUGGAGGUUUGCUACCAACAAUGGCAGCAGCCAUGGAGCUACUGAUCUGGAAAGAAAUAUGGAUCCAAAACUUCAAGAUUCAGAGCCUCCAACUCCUCUCUCGGUCAUGAGGAUGGGUUCAAGGGACAGAACCACCAGUAUGGAGGACCCAGAUGGGACAUUAGCAAGUGUCGCCCAAUGCAUUGAGCAGUUGCGCAGGAGUUCAUCGACUGCACAGGAGAAAGAGAGUUCAUUGAAGCAGUUGCUGGACCUUGUAGAUACACGUGACAAUGCCUUCAGUGCUGUUGGAUCCCACUCUCAGGCAGUUCCAAUACUUGUUUCUCUUCUCAGAUCUGGAUCACUGGGUGUGAAGUUGCAGGCUGCUACCGUUUUAGGAUCUCUUUGUAAGGAGGAGGAACUAAGGGUGAAAGUCUUGCUAGGGGGAUGCAUUCCACCGCUGCUUGGUCUUCUCCGUUCCAGCUCAGCAGAAGGUCAAAUUGCUGCUGCAAAAGCUAUCCAUGCUGUCUCUCAAGGUGGAGCCGGGGAUCAUGUCGGAUCAAAGAUAUUCUCAACUGAAGGAGUUGUUCCUGUGCUUUGGGAGCAACUGAAAAACGGUCUCAAGGCUGGGAACUUAGUUGAUAACCUCCUAACUGGGGCUUUGAGAAACCUGUCCAGCUGCACUGAAGGAUUUUGGUUGUCAACAAUUGAAGCUGGAGGAGUGGAUAUUCUUGUGAAGUUGCUCAAAAGUGGACAGUCAAGUACUCAAGCUAAUGUUUGCUUUCUUCUUGCAUGUAUGAUGAUGGAAGAUGCAUCUGUUUGUUCAAGGGUCUUGGCUGCUGAAGCUACUAAGCAAUUACUCAAGCUUUUGGUGCCUGGUAAUGAAGCCUCUGUCAGAGCAGAAGCUGCAGGUGCUUUAAAAUCUUUAUCUGUUCAAUGCAAAGAAGCGAGACGGGAGAUUGCUAAUUCUAAUGGGAUUCCUGCUUUAAUAAAUGCUACAAUAGCUCCAUCAAAAGAAUUCAUGCAAGGCGAGUAUGCACAAGCAUUGCAGGAGAAUGCAAUGUGUGCUCUAGCGAAUAUCUCUGGUGGUUUGUCGUAUGUCAUCUCAAGCCUUGGAGAAAGUCUUGAGUCAUGCACAUCACCUGCACAGAUUGCUGACACAUUAGGGGCUUUAGCUUCAGCUCUUAUGAUUUAUGAUAACACUGCAGAAAUGAUUAGAGCAUCAAACCCUCGAAUUAUUGAGAAGAUAUUGGUUAAUCAGUUCAAACCUAGGUUACCAUUUCUUGUGCAGGAACGCACCAUUGAAGCUCUGGCAAGUUUGUAUGGGAAUCCUAUCCUCUCCAAGAAACUUGCAAACUCUGAAGCAAAGCGUCUACUUGUUGGUUUAAUCACAAUGGCAACCAAUGAGGUUCAGGAUGAGCUGAUUAGAUCCCUUCUGAUACUUUGCAACAAAGAAGACAGUCUAUGGCGUGCACUUCAGAGCCGUGAGGGAGUUCAACUGUUGAUAUCUCUUCUUGGCCUUUCAUCUGAGCAACAGCAGGAAUGUGCAGUUGCUCUACUUUGCCUUUUAUCAAACGAGAAUGAUGAAAGUAAAUGGGCCAUUACUGCUGCUGGAGGCAUACCUCCACUUGUUCAAAUUCUAGAGACAGGGUCUGCAAGAGCCAAGGAAGAUGCUGCAACAAUCCUUGGAAACCUCUGCAACCACAGUGAAGAUAUACGGGCAUGUGUUGAAAGUGCUGAUGCUGUGCCUGCUUUGUUAUGGCUAUUGAAGAACGGCAGCCAGAACGGGAAAGAGAUUGCAGCAAGAACAUUGAACCAUCUUAUCCAUAAAUCAGAUACAGGGACAAUCAGCCAGCUUACAGCCUUAUUGACUAGUGAUCUUCCUGAAUCAAAGGUCUAUGUUUUGGAUGCUCUUAAAAGUUUGCUUUCUGUGGCCCCCCUUAAGGACAUAUUGCAUGAAGGCAGUGCUGCCAAUGAUGCGAUCGAAACAAUGAUUAAAAUUUUGACUUCAACAAAGGAAGAGACUCAAGCAAAGUCUGCCUCAGCUCUAGCUGGUCUCUUCCAUCUCCGGAAGGAUUUGCGUGAGAGUAAUAUUGCAGUUAAGGCUCUUUGGUCGGCCAUGAAGCUGUUAAAUGUGGAUUCUGAAAAUAUCUUAGUAGAAUCAUCAUGCUGCCUAGCUUCUAUUUUUCUUUCAAUUAAACAAAACCGGGAUGUGGCUUCUGUUGCUAGGGAUGCAUUGUCUCCAUUAGUUGUUCUUGCUAAUUCUGUGGUUCUUGAAGUUGCAGAACAAGCAACAAGGGCUUUGGCUAAUCUUCUUUUGGAUAAUGAAGUUUCAGAGAAAGCAUUUUCUGAAGAACUUAUUUUACCUGCUACUAGGGUGUUGCGAGAAGGCACAGUUGAUGGAAAAACCCAUGCUGCAGCAGCUAUUGCUCGUCUCCUCCAAUGUCGCUCGGUUGAUCAUGUACUGUCUGAUUGUGUCAAUCGAGCUGGAACAGUUCUUGCAUUAGUUGCUCUCCUGGAAUCUGCUAGUGUUGAAUCUGUUGCCACAUCAGAAGUGCUUGAUGCUCUUGCUUUGUUGUCUAGAUCCCAAGGAAGCAACGAGCAUAUCAAACCUUCAUGGGCUGUCCUUGCUGAAUUUCCUCACACCAUAGCCCCAAUAGUUUCAUGUAUAGCUGAUGCAACACCCUUGUUGCAGGAAAAAGCUAUAGAAAUUUUGUCAAGGCUUUGCAGAGAUCAACCUGUUGUCCUUGGAGAUGCAAUUGCAAGUAGCUUGGGGUGUGUAUCAUCAAUUGCUAGAAGGGUCAUCAAUUCGAAAAACUCCAAAAUUAAAGUUGGAGGAACUGCACUUCUUAUUUGUGCUGCCAAAGUUCAUCAUCAAAGAGUAAUUGAAUCCCUAAACGAAUCAAACUCAUGUGUUUAUCUCAUCCAAUCCCUUGUUGAAAUGCUCAGAUUAGGGCAAUCAUCUGGAUUUACUCUCCCGGGUAACAAUGAAAACAAUGAACAGAUAAGCAUUUACACGCAUGCUAAAGAACAAACCAGAGAAGGAGAGUCUGAAAAUACCAUAGCAGUCAUUUCUAGUGACAAUUUAGCCAUAUGGAUGCUUUCUGUACUUGCUUGCCAUGAUGGCAGGAGUAAAAUUGCUAUUAUGGAGGCUGAAGCAGUUGAAGUUCUUACCGAGAGGAUUUCUCAAUGUUUGUCUCAAGCUACUCAGGGUGAUUUUAGAGAAGAUGCCAGUACAUGGGUUUGUGCUUUACUGCUUGCAAUACUGUUCCAAGACAGAGAUAUCAUUCGAGCACCUGCAACCAUGUGCUCAAUACCUGUAGUUGCAAGUUUGUUGAGAUCAGAGGAGUCAGCAAACAGAUAUUUUGCAGCACAAGCAGUGGCGAGUCUUGUCUGUAAUGGUAGCAGAGGGACUCUUCUGGCCGUCGCAAAUUCAGGGGCAGCAGGUGGACUUAUUUCUUUACUUGGCUGUGCAGAUGCUGAUAUAUGUGAUCUUUUGGAACUAUCAGAGGAGUUUGCUUUGCUCCGCAAUCCUGAGCAAGUAGCUUUGGAGAGGUUGUUUAGAGUUGAUGACAUUAGAGUUGGUGCUACUUCUCGGAAAGCGAUGCCUCUUCUUGUUGAUCUGCUAAAACCAAUUCCAGAUCGACCAGGGGCACCCUUUCUGGCUCUUGGACUCCUGACUCAGCUUGCAAAAGAUAGUCCUCCGAACAAGAUUGUAAUGGUAGAAUCAGGCGCUUUAGAAGCACUGACCAAGUAUCUCUCUCUUGGCCCACAAGAUGCAACAGAAGAAGCUGCUACAGAUUUAUUAGGGAUCCUGUUUGGCAGUGCUGAAAUACGAAAACAUGAAGCUGCAUUUGGUGCUGUCAAUCAGUUGGUUGCUGUUUUACGCCUUGGUGGAAGAGGGGCUAGGUACAGUGCUUCUAAAGCCUUGGAGAGCCUAUUUUUGUCAGACCAUAUAAAAAAUGCAGAAACUUCUCGACAAGCUGUUCAGCCUCUGGUGGAGAUUCUCAACACUGGCAUCGAGAGGGAGCAACAUGCUGCUAUUGCUGCAUUGGUUAGGUUACUAUGUGAAAGUCCAUCAAGAGCCCUAGCUGUUGCAGAUGUUGAAAUGAAUGCAGUGGAUGUUCUUUGCAGAAUUCUUUCAUCGAAUUGUUCAAUGGAACUGAAAGGAGAUGCUGCUGAGUUAUGUUGUGUCCUUUUUGGAAAUACAAGAAUUAGAUCUACAAUGGCUGCAGCUCGCUGUGUUGAGCCUCUUGUGUCUCUCCUCGUGACUGAGUUCAGUCAUGCUCAUCAUUCAGUUGUCCGUGCACUGGAUAAACUAUUGGAUGAUGAGAAUUUGGCAGAACUAGUUGCUGCACAUGGUGCUGUCAUUCCCCUUGUUGGACUUCUUUUUGGUAGAAACUACACACUUCAUGAGGCAAUCUCAAAAGCUCUUGUGAAGUUGGGGAAAGAUCGGCCUGCUUGUAAGGUGGAAAUGGUGAAAGCUGGGGUUAUUGAGAGCAUACUCGAUAUCCUCCCUGAAGCGCCUGAUUUUCUCUGUGCUGUACUUUCAGAACUGCUUCGGAUACUGACCAAUAAUACCACCAUUGCGAAGGGUCCUUCAGCGGCCAAAGUGGUUGAGCCCCUUUUUGUGUUGCUGUCAAGACCUGAGUUUAGGCAAGAUGGACAGCGUAGUGCUUUACAGGUUCUUGUUAAUAUUUUGGAGCAUCCCCAGUGCCAUGCUGACUAUAACCUGAGUCCUCGCCAAACUGUUUACCCUCUUAUCCCCUUAUUGGAUUCUCCAACACCCCCUGUGCAAAAGCUGGCAGCUGAACUUCUCUCACAUUUGCUAUUGGAAGAACAUCUUCAGAAGGACUCAAUAACACAGCAGGCAAUUGGCCCACUCAUACGUGUUCUGGGGUCUGGUGUUCCCGUUCUACAACAGAGGGCUAUGAAAGCUCUUGUGAGUAUUGCAUUAACGUGGCCAAAUGAAAUUGCAAAGGAGGGUGGUGUCAAUGAGUUGUCGAAAGUCAUUUUACAAACCGAUCCUCCAUUGCCACAUGCCUUGUGGGAAUCUGCUUCUUCUGUUUUAGGCAGUAUCCUGCAGUUCAGCUCUGAAUUUUAUCUGGAAGUACCUGUUGCAGUGUUGGUAAAGUUGCUUCGAUCAGGCACAGAAAGCACAGUGAUUGGUGCAUUAAAUGCUCUGCUUGUGUUGGAAAGUGAUGAUGGAACUAGUGCUGAAGCAAUGGCUGAAAGUGGUGCUGUAGAGGCACUUGUGGAACUCCUCAGGUCUCAUCAAUGUGAGGAAACUGCAGCAAGACUGCUGGAGGUAUUGCUGAACAAUGUUAAAAUUAGGGAAACAAAAGCUGCUAAGUCUGUGAUUUCACCUCUGUCCCAGUACCUUUUAGAUCCACAAACCCAAGCUCAGCAGGCAAGGUUAUUGGCUACCCUAGCUCUUGGUGAUCUGUUUCAGAAUGAGAGUCUUGCUCGGACUACAGAUUCUGUUUCAGCUUGUAGAGCCCUAGUAAAUCUGCUCGAAGACCAACCUUCAGAAGAAAUGAAAGUGGUAGCUAUUUGUGCCUUGCAAAACCUAGUAAUGUACAACCGGGCAAAUAAAAGAGCAGUAGCAGAAGCUGGGGGAGUUCAGGUUGUACUGGACCUCUUCAAUGAUAGUGAUCCAGAUACAUCAGUUCAAGCAGCGAUGUUCAUUAAACUUCUCUUCUCUAACCAUACCAUUCAGGAGUAUGCCUCCAGCGAAACCGUGUCUGCUCUAACUGCUGCUAUUCAGAAUGAUUUAGUGGCCACUGGAAGUGUGAACGAGGAAUAUCUGAAGGCUCUAAAUGCACUCUUUAGUAACCUGCCACGUUUGAGAGCUACUGAGGCUGCCACACUCAGUAUUCCUCAUUUGGUUACAUCACUCAAGACAGGGUCUGAGGCAACCCAGGAGGCGGCCCUGGAUUCACUUUUCCUUCUCAGGCAAGCUUGGUCAGCAUGCCCAGUUGAAGUCUCCCAGGCUCAAUCAGUUGCUGCUGCAGAGGCAAUACCUUUGCUCCAAUAUUUGAUCCAGUCUGGCCCACCUCGCUUUCAGGAGAAGGCAGAACUCCUUUUGCAGUGUUUGCCUGGGACCUUAGUGGUAAUUAUAAAGCGUGGUAACAAUUUGAAGCAGUCAGUGGGGAACCCUAGUGUCUACUGUAAGCUCACGCUAGGCAACACUCCUCCAAGGCAAACCAAGAUUGUAUCAACUGGUCCUACUCCUGAGUGGGAUGAAAGCUUUACAUGGGCAUUUGAUAGUCCUCCAAAAGGGCAGAAGCUUCAUAUAUCGUGCAAGAAUAAAAGCAAAAUCGGAAAGAGCUCUUUUGGAAAAGUAACUAUCCAGAUUGAUCGGGUUGUGAUGCUUGGAGCAGUUGCUGGAGAGUAUGCCCUCCUUCCACAAAGCAAAAGCGGGCUGUCCCGAAACCUGGAAAUUGAAUUCCAGUGGUCCAACAAAUAGUGACCGUAAUGGCAAGGGGUGAUUGUGCGUUCUAAUUGUAAUUUUAAGUUUGAAGUAAAGAUAUAGCAAACAACAAGGAUUUUAUUUUUAUUUUUAUUAUUAUUAUUAUUAUUAUUUUUUGCACAGUUUUGUUGUACAUAGUCAAGAAUUUGUUCUCUGUAGGUGUGUCUCUGUUUAGGUGAGGUGGUCUCAUUCAUUCUUUUUUGUAUUCUUGACUGUUUAGUCUGUUUCCAUAUUUACUAGAGAUCAAUUAUGUGGAGGAGAAGAUGUAGAAGUCUUGUAUUUGUAUUUUGGGUUGAUCUUUGAAUAAUUAAUUUCAAUGAAAGUCAAGGACUGUGGGAAA